AUGAGCUCAGCCGCUCCUCGUAUGGUUCCUUGGGCUCCAGCGUGGCGGGAGAAGGGGGGACACAGGGCGGCUCUGAGGAGCCGUUCCGCUCCCCAGUUCAGCCGUUACCGCCGCCCCCGCUUUGAACUUCCCGCCCGCCGCCCGCGCUGCGCGUUCGCCGCCGCAGUUUCCAGGCUCAGCGGGCGGCAAAAGCGCCGGGUGGCCGCGGCCUCUGUGCGUCCCCUGUCGGGGAGGUGCUGCGGGCGGCCACCGGUCCGCUCCGCCCGGCUCCCUCGGGUCCGCCCUGGGCCGCUGCCCCCGGCGGCGGCGAAUCUGCCGGGCCGUUGUGCCUUGAAGGCUUGCCCAGUCUGGAAACUCUUUGGGCAUGCUACCUGCUUGCAGGGAACAAAUAACGCUAUGUUAAGAAAAUAUACGGAAGAUAGUGGAGUGCACACUGCUAAUGAGUCUGUGGUGCAGCCUGAGCUUGUGUCAGAAAGGGCAGAGUUGCGAGCAGCUGUGUUUUUGGCAUUAGAAGAACAAGAGAAAGUAGAGAACAAAGCACCUCUGGUAAAUGAAAGCUUGAAGAGUUUUUUAGGUACAAAGGAUGGCCGCUUGGUAGCAGGUCUUGUUGCAGAAUUUCUACGGUUUUUCAAUCUUGAUUUUACUUUAGCUGUUUUUCAGCCUGAAUCAAGCACACUAAAUGGCCUUGAUGGUCGAGAAAACUUAGCUCGAGAUUUGGGAAUUACAGAAGCAGAAGGUGUUGUGGGUGGUCCCCUGUUGCUGGAGGUUGUUAGGAAGUGUCAGCAGAAAAGGACUUUAGGUGGUGGGGAAGUGGCUCCAGUUCUAAGUGACAGCCAGUGCCCCACAUCAAAAUCAUCUGAUGGACGGUCAAGUGCACACUCUAUACCAAAUAAGGCUGCUGAAAACACUCAGAGUGAUACAAGUGUCUCAUCAGGGGAAGCAAGCAAAAGAAGUAUUCAUUUUCUGCCUAAUGAAACAAAACUAGAUCCUCAACUAGAAAACAAAGACUUGAAUACCAAAGAAAAAAGUGAUCCAAUUGUGGAUGAAGAUGAUGUAGAGGGAGAUUCUUUCUUUGAUGACCCUGUACCCAAACCAGAAAGAACUUACAGCUGGAAAACUGAGGCUAAUAAAGCAGGAGGUCUAGCAUCCCUUUCUGAUGCACCAGCUCUAAAAAGUGGGUUAAGCUCCCUGACUGGUGCACCUUUGUUAAAGGAGUCUGAUAAUUUGGAUAGAAACUCUGUUUUAAAAGACCUGCGGUUGGUGAAUGCAAAGCUGGGAUCACUAGAAUUAGGAAAUGAAGAUGAUGAUGAAUAUGCUGAUGACUUCAACAGUACGAGUCACCGCUCAGAAAAAAGUGACAUCAGUAUUGGUGAAGAAAUAGAUGAAAUUUCUGUGGGAACAGAAGAGUCAAAUGCCAGUGAUAAACUCGAAAGCAUCACACAAGACCUUACCAUUUCUCAGUUAAGCGACGUUGCAGAUUAUCUAGAAGAUGUGGCAUAAAAUUGGACAGCUAAAAUCUUUCAUUGUGCUGGACAAGAAGACUGCUGUGGACUAUUAAUUUCAGACAAUCACCUUUUGCUGGAAUGUCCACUCCCUAUUUGUGCCUUGUGUUUCAGAGACUGUAGGUGAAGGAGGUUUUUAAAUAUUCUUAACAAGAACUAAAUGAAAUAGUGUGUUCCCAUUUGAGUCUGAUACCAGAAUUACUUUCUUCAUUUGGUUCAGCCAAACCUUUCACAGCAGGAGGUGGAUUUUCCAAGCAGAAUGUCCAUUGCUGGCAGUGGACAUAAUGAAAACCAGUUGGUAAGAGAACAUGGAGAAGAGGCAUGUGGCUUUAUAGUGAACUUGCACUGUUAUUUUAACAGUCAGGUUUUUUUAAAGAUAACCAAAGCAAGAACCUUCAAAGGUAGUGGUUCAACUCACACUUCUUCUAACACAAUCUUGUCAAGUCAGCAUGUGGUACAUAUUUAUGGUAACUCUAGCCACAAUACCUAAUUACUCCAGACUUACUUGAAAUUGCUCUUUUACAGACUCUUCUGAAAGUUGGACUUUACCUUUUUUUAAAGGCAUAUUAAAUUGAGAGUAUCUAAACUCUUAAACCUAAAUUUAGCUAUAUUUAGGAGCUAAAUUUAGCCCUAGUCUUAACUCAGAAUAUUCUUGUUUAAAUACGUUUGUCAGACCAUUGAUGUUAAGACCUAAGCUGUUUUUAUAUAUGAUAAUUUCAUCAAUGUUAAUCUGUUGUUACAUCAUGAAAAGUAAUUUUGUAAGGAUCCACAGAUCAGUAACUAAAUCUUAUGGGGUAAGUUUUUAACAGUGUGUAAUGCUUAGUGGAGCUUUUAUUUUUGAGGGUUCUUCAUGUGCUGUAAGAUCACUUUCAUUCUUGAAAAUAUUUUAAGUAAAAAUGAGCACCAAAAAGUGAAACUACUAAACUUCUGCUUUUCAGAUUCUGACUGCUGUACAAAGUUCAAUGCAAAUAUUUAAAAAUACCAUACUGAAGAUAUUAUGGACACUAAGUUCUAGCUAAGGGUGAAUUGUUGUAUUUUCAUGAUGCUCUUGCAGAACAGGGUCAGUCAUGGCAAGGUUGACAGUUCUUCAACAAUACUGUUGCAAGUGGCACUGCUAUAGUGUGUAGGUCAUGGACAUUUGUAAUACUGAAACAUAACUUCAAAAUGUGCACUUUCUGAACAUUGUGAACACAUCUGGAAAACAGACAUGUA